AGCCGUGCUACGUCGUAGGGAUGAGAUCGCAACGAGGCAGGACGUCGCACGAUCCGACAUUCGCGCGACGACGGUGACACGAUACAGAAAAGACUGCACGCGGCUGCCCCGCCGAGACGCACGCGUAACGUGUCACGGAUUCCGGUGAUUUCGGUUGUCGCGUGCCGUGGACCGACCUAAACAGCCCGGACGGCGGCCACGGAGAGGUUUGGCGGCACAAGAGGCGUGUUUCCCAGGCUGUGCAACUGUGCGGUGCUAUCCCCGUUUCUCCAUCUUCCGCAUUCCUCGGCCACCGAUUGAGAGAGUGUAUCUCUUUCACCGUGCCCCGCGAGCGUUGUGUAUCGACGGUUCACUUUCUCCCUCUCUCUUUCUCCCGCUGUCUUCGCUCUCGACCUUUUUGGGAUUAUCGCAAGCGCGUGGACGGACGGACUGACGGAUACCACCGGACCCGUUCGGCGUUCGAGGGAAUCCCGAACCUUACGGCGAACCCCCGGUGCACGCACAUUCAUUUCUAGAUUGGACACCAGUGAAGAGGGCGAUCUGACGUUGGCGUCGACGGGAUAAAACAGAGAAAAUUACGAGCAAAUAAAAGACCACGGGGACGCGCGGCAGAGCGAAUCUUCCUAUCCGCGCAUCGACGGAGAACGCACAAAGUCUACGCGAAUCGAUUGGUCAUUGGUCGACAAGUCCGUGCUCGUACACGGAUUGAAUGGCAGGUCAAGCACUCGAUUCCCGUCCCGGGACAGUCUUCUCACGGUUCCGGAUGACCCACGGAUAACCGUAUUUCCCGUUCGGAACGGGCGCUAAGCUCAUCCGGCUGCAGAGCAGUUGGUCCGUUUCAGCAGCUUGUUGCCGAUCGUCACGGCUAAUCUUGAUCGUUCCGUCAUUUCUGUGGACUCUCCCCACCCGGCCGAGUAUCAUCAACUCCCAUUAUCUCUGGCUGCGUCGGGAUCUCCCUGGCAAGAUAACAGAGUCGCUAAAGUAAUCAGACCAGCUAAAGGGACAGCGAAACAAAGGAAGCUACCGAAAGAAGAUCCAUCGAAGACACCUUCCUCGUCGGAAGACCAUAUCCUAACGGUUUCCCUAAGAGUACCAAGAAAGUCACUGUCCAAGACUCUGUCCUAGGCCAAGGGAUCCUCGGAUGAAGGUAGGAUCGUGAGACAGGGGACGUUGGUUUCGAACGCCACCGCCCUUGAUCCAGGUUAGCCACGUGCACCGAACAAGUCCGUGAUUAUCGGUGUUACGAAGAUCGCGUUGGCUUCCCCACCAAUAACGGCCACAUGACUUGACGAUUGCCCUACCUACCGCUGUUCGUCGUUGAGUGAAGGCGGCGACAGUGGCAGCAGCGACGUCGCCGAAGAGGGAGCGACGCGUACGAAGACGGCGGCGACCACGACGACGACCGACGACGACACCGACGACGACACCGACGGACGUGGACGAGGAAAGAGGAGAGCCCUCGCCGGGAAACGCAACGCCGUAUACGCGACUUCCUCGUGCAUCGCCGGUGCGGAGGAGUAUUUAACCAGUGACACACGCGGCUGCUAGUUCAGUUGUUGGCGGUCGGUCAUCAGGUGCGAACCUCCUCGCGUGUUCUCUGCCGGCCCUCCUGUCUCUCUCGACCGGUUUCUUUUCCUUCGGCCGGCACGGUUCCGCGGUAUAUUCAACCAACCCCCCGCGACCGCCCGAUCCUCGCGUGUUGUUGUUCACCGGUGGUGGCUGUUGUGUCCCGUUGUGCCGUUGUUUGUGUCGUUGUUCCUUGUUAUCUGUCCCUCGUCGCCGCGCCCCCCACGUCGGUUUGCAGUGGCGCGGUUUCGGUGGAUAGUAGUGGGUGGGAUAGCAGUGCCGAGUGUGAAACUGGAGCCGGCGGUGGUGGUGCCGGUACAGGGAAAGAAGAACUAUCAUGUGCCCGCAGAUGAUUUUCGGACUUGCGGUGCUCGCGCUGCUGACUCCGGCUGGUCGGGUCGCUGCUUACACGAACCAGUGGGCGGUGCACGUCGAGGGUGGACCGGAGGUCGCUCAGCGGGUCGCGUGGGAGCAUGGAUUUCAGUAUCUUGAUAAGAUAGUCGACGACUGGUACCACAUGGUGCACACGUCGGUGGUGAAGAGGUCGGCGGAGCCGCAUCUAGGGAUUCACGGGAGGCUGCUACAGGACCGCAGGGUGCGCCGGGCCGAGCAACAGCGUGUUAAAUCGCGAACGAAACGGGAUCUGAUCAAACGUGGUCCGUCCAAUCUCCACACGAUCCUGAACGACGAGAGGUGGUCACAGAUGUGGUACUUGAAUAGGGGGAAUGGAUUGGACAUGAACGUGCAGGAAGCUUGGGCCGAAGGAAUUACGGGGAACGGGGUCGUGGUCACGAUUCUUGACGACGGAUUGGAAAAGGAUCAUCCGGAUCUCUGCAAAAAUUAUGACCCACAAGCCAGUUACGAUGUUAACAAUCACGACGAAGAUCCGAUGCCGAGAUACGAUCUUUUGGACAGCAAUCGACAUGGUACCAGAUGUGCCGGCGAAGUGGCUGCCACUGCUAAUAAUUCCAUCUGCGCAGUCGGUGUUGCGUUCGGAGCCGGUAUUGGGGGAGUAAGGAUGUUAGACGGAGACGUGACGGACGCCGUCGAAGCGAGAUCCCUUAGCCUAAAUCCCCAGCACAUCGACAUUUACAGUGCCUCCUGGGGGCCGGACGAUGACGGUAAAACGGUUGAUGGCCCCGGCGAACUUGCCACCAGAGCUUUCAUCGAAGGAAUCACGAAGGGUCGUCACGGGAAGGGAUCGAUCUUCGUCUGGGCGUCGGGCAACGGCGGCAAGGACCACGACAACUGCAACUGCGACGGUUAUACGAACAGCAUCUGGACGCUGUCCAUCAGCAGCGCAACGGAGAACGGCCAAGUGCCCUGGUACAGCGAGGCGUGUUCCUCGACCCUGGCGACCACCUACAGUUCCGGUUCAGCGGGGGAGAAACAAGUGGUGACCACCGACCUGCAUAACCAUUGCACCAGCAGUCACACGGGCACGUCCGCGUCGGCGCCCCUCGCGGCCGGCAUUUGCGCCCUUGCCCUCGAGGCCAACAAAGAUCUGACCUGGAGGGACAUGCAGCACAUCGUCGUGCGAACCGCGAAACCCGCGAACCUGAAGGCGCCGGACUGGGUGACAAACGGCGUCGGAAGGAACGUGAGCCACAGUUUCGGUUACGGACUGAUGGACGCCGCAGCCAUGGUACGUUUAGCUAGAAGAUGGCGGACGGUGCCUGAGCAACACAGGUGCGAAGUUUCGGCACCACAUAUGGGCAGGCCGAUACCACCGAACAACAAGUUAACUCUGGAAUUGAACGUCAAGGAGUGUACCGGUGUUAAUUUUCUCGAGCACGUGCAGGCGAAGGUAUCUCUGAUGGCGACGAGAAGAGGGGAUCUUCAGAUACAGCUAACAUCUCCACAGGGCACCAAAAGCACCCUGCUCGCGAAAAGGCCACACGACAUCUCGAAAGCCGGUUUCAAUCAAUGGCCAUUUAUGUCGGUUCACACUUGGGGCGAAAGGCCACACGGCACGUGGAAACUUGAAAUCCACAAUGAGGGUCGAUAUCAAGGUCGCGCGACCCUUCACGAGUGGGCGCUGAUCUUCUACGGCACGGCGACGCUGCCGGACCGCACGGAGUACGCGCUGUACAGCCCGGCCAGCAUAAACAUCCCCAGGAGGCCGUUCGUGAAGCCGCGCGAGACCGCGUUCUCCAAGUCGCAGAACUCGUUGACGGGCUCGAAGGGCAAGCAGGCUCAGCACAAGUCCGAGAAGUCCGGCAAUCUGAGCCCGCCGUACGUGGUGAACGCGCAGACCCAGUCCCAGAGGAAGGGCAAGGCGCGGGGGCAGCACAAGAACGGCAAAUCAGCGAACAAGCCGACCCCGAAGCCGACCGUUCAGACUCUGAGGGGAUUGACAGCUGCCAAAGGGGCCAACGUCGCCGGGGAGGUCCGCUUGAUCACGUCCAGGCCACGCGGAAGGAGCACCCCUAGCCCGAUCACCACCACCGUCGCCCAGACCAGACCCACGGUGACUGUCCCUACCACCAGGAUCACGAGCAGGCAGAGGAUCGUCAAUAUCGUGACAGCGUCGUCUCUUCAAAGGGGCUUGAUCCUCUUAGAGCCCCCGGCGAAACCUGUCAUCGAGAACAUGCCGGCCAUCUUCCAGCAAUAUCCCAAGAUCCAGGAACUGUAUCCGCUUUACCCUAUCUUCCCCGGUGUGCGCGGGACCGGACAACACGCGACCAGGGCGAAGGGCCUGGAUCUACUGCAGGACGAACAGAUAUUCGACUCGAAGAAUCCGGACAAGGACAACCUGGAGCAGUUCAAGCUAGUGUUCUACGGCACGGAGACGUCUCUGGAGCUGGACGACGACCUGGACAGGGACAAGCCGAUGCCGCCCGUCCACCACCAGGAGCAAGUGCCGGACAAUUCGGCGAUCGGCACAAGGCACAACGCGGUGGACACGGAGGGCGACCCCUGGAUGGACAGCCAGCAGGUGGAGCGCGUCUCGCAUCAGGAGGUGCAGAGACCGACCACGGAGAACCAGAAGAGCGGUUGCAGUUCUGUGGACCCUGUAAAUGGCAGGUGCCUAGAGUGUAAGCCGAACUGGUACUACCACAACGGCAACUGCGUGUACGAGUGUCCGACGAAGACUUACGGGGUCGCCGAUGAGACAAAGGCGGUCUGCUCGCCCUGCCACUACAGCUGCCUGACCUGUUCAGGCCCGUUGGACAGCCAGUGCAGCACCUGCUACGAGGACUCGGAGCUUUCAACGAUCAACGACUCCCAGUGCGUGCUGAAAGAUUUAUCCUGGACGAUGCAGUCGACCGUGUGGUUCUACAGGAUGUCGGUCCUCUUCGUGAUCAACCUGGCCGUCCUGAUUGUCGCGCCGCCGGUUUACCUGAUCGUCAAUUGGUACUCGCGCAGCAAGAACUCGCUGAACUACGGUUACAGCAAGAUCUCCGACUCCAGCAACGGGGACGCUAACAAGGACACCGACAAGCUGCGCGACGUCGGCAGCCUCUCCGACAGCGAGUGAAAGGAACGGAGUCAGGAGCGAUUGAUACUAGCUGUGACGCGACAGAAGAGAGGCCGUUCGCGUCGGACGAAACAAAGAACGAAUCGGGAUUCCGAAUAGUCCGAACACUUUAGUGCAACAGCGGCUAAGAUUUUUGGCGAUUUUAGUUGGAAUGUAAAAGUGAAACUAUGAGCAGCUUGUGGAAGUCUGAUAAAAUUGUUCGAUAACUUAGAUAUUAGUGGCUUUACGAUUUUCCGAGUUAACAACUGAACUGCGGAUUUUAUGCGUUUAUAAGAUAGCUGUUUGGAAUUUAACUUGUGGAAGGAGAAUAUUUUGAACUUAGCGGAGAAUACGAGUCAGUCAUUGGUAACCGUUAUAUCGGUGAAUCCCCUGCGCAUCUGGUAUGAAGUAUAUUAGGUUUUAAAAGUGAUCUUCGUUUAAUUAUUCGUAAUAAUAGCAUAACUGUUUGAACAACAUAUAGAAUCUAAUUGAAGAAAAUUGAAAUAGGAUUUUCUUCUAAGCCCGAUAAAGGCGUUGAGUCAACGAGUCUAUGAAAUCAGUUGAAUUUUAGACUUAAGUUCACGUUUAAUCCGUAUUUGUAUAAACAUCCGCAGUGUAGUAACGACAAACAAUUGUCGAAUCGAUACCGUGGCCCAGCAGAUGCAUUCCGAAUGCGAUCGUAAAUUAGGUUAGUCGUAGCCCGGUGAAUAUUAUAAGUGCAUAGAGAACAGUGCGAACCAGUGAGGCGAAACGUGAGGAUCUAUAGUGUCGCGGCCCGCCAAGAUGAAUUUUAGGGUCACCGAAUUCACGGUACGUGGUUCGACAAGAAAACGAUUUCACGUUCUUCUCUCUUGUAUUCGGUUAUUCGGCGAAAUUUUGUGCGGCCUAAAUGCGUCCGCGUAAUGGCCGGUGCGAUGGGUUCGCAUCGAUAAAAGCUUGAUUUAUAUUUAACGACAGAAUUAUCGGGAUUAAGUAUAUUCGUGGCGCAUGCGACUGCGUCUCGGUGCGAAUACGCUUACUAAGUCUUCGUUAUUCGCUGACUAACAAAUAGCAGGUAGUCGUUGUUCGAUGCAGAGGGAUACUCUUCGGUGUUCCCUGCCCUUCGAUAAUCAAAAUUAGAUUAAUUUAAUCGCUUUAACCAUUCGUAACGCUCCCGAUCCGAGUUCCUAGCUAUGCUAAGCACAUUGUAAUUUAUACACCUGUGAAAUCGCGUUAUACUAUUUAUGCGAAAUAGUACUUUACUGUGUGGACGACAGUAAUGUUUAGCGACAUAUUUCAGACAGCCAAAGACUUUUAAGGUUACGAACUUGUAGAUACACAUGUUAAGGACCACAAAGGAGUUUGUUCAUAGUGAAUUGUCGAUGGAAAGUUUAAAUUCUAAGUGUAACUGAUUGCAUUGAUGAUAGAUAUAAAAAUCAUGUUUUUUCUCUUAACGGGGAAAGCUAGUUAAGAAUUGUAAGUUUGUUGAUAAUCAAGUAUUAAUAAAAUGGCAGCUUUGAGAAAUUAUUAAAUGU